CGUUGCCGGGGGCGCGCUGAGCGCGAGGCGCGUGGCAGAAACUCGAAGCCGAGAGGCGUGCGCGCUCCCGCUGUGCCCCCUUUCCCUCCCACUCGGUGGAGUUCACACGCCUUGCGCGCUCCCGCUCAGUCUCGGGUUCACACGCUUGCGUUGAGACGCAGCAGCCAAAAAGGAGUUUUUUUUUCUUUCCUUUUUUUUUUCUCACGGCGUUCAUUUUGGAGAGGCGGAUUUCCCCCCCGACGGUCCGAUUCAGUCUCCAUAAAAACUCCCUGAUUAUUUCACACACACACCGAGAGGUGAAAGCGCUUCUUAUGUGCAUGAACAGGGCAGAGGACGCGCACGAUGGUUCGGGAAACCAGACACCUCUGGGUGGGAAAUUUACCCGAACAUGUCCGGGAGGAGAAAAUAGUCGAAUAUUUUAAACGGUAUGGACGCGUGGAGAGCGUUAAAGUCCUCCGUAAGCGAGGUUCAGAAGGCGGCGUGGCGGCGUUUGUGGAUUUCGUUGACAUUAAAAGCGCCCAGAAGGCUCAUAAUGCGGUCAAUAAAAUGGGCGACCGAGACCUUCGCACUGACUACAACGAGCCUGGCUCGGUGCCCAGCUCGGUCCGGGGCCUGGACGACGCCCCGCAGUCUAGCAGUCACACCAGGGACGUUGCGAGUUUCUCGAGAGCCGCCGUGGGUCCCGUUUAUGGGCCCCCGGUGUCUCUUCACACCAGAGAGGGACGCUAUGAGCGCAGAUUAGACGGCAGUUCAGACAGUCGGGAACGAGCGUACGAGCACAAUCCAUACGGACACCAUGAGCGCAGUGGCACUUUCGAUAGGCCGCGGCAUUACAACACGGACUAUUACAGAGACCGUGCCAUUUUUGCCUCUGGAGUCGGGGCCAGCCCUACAGUUACUGCAAUUGGCGGGGGGUUUGAGACCCCGGAAUCACAUUUUGAAUCUCGAAUCCGCGAUCCUUUUACUUUAUCUGGUUCCGCACGGCGAGAUCCUUACCGCGAUGACAGGGGGCGGCGAGUGGAUCGGACUUACCAUCAUCGCCGGAGUCGAUCUUCUCAUUCCUCCCAAUCGCGGCACCCUUCUCCACAAAGGACCACAGGACAGACCCCCAAAGCCUCCCAUUCCCCAAAAAGAGCCCCUGUUUCUCCAGGCAGAGGUCCACGUUCACGGUCCCGAAGCAGAUCAUCCAGCUCUGAUUCGGUCAGCAGCACCAGCAGUACCGGAAGCGGCAGCAGUGACUCCAACAGCAGUUCUAGCGAGGGUUCCCGAGCUCGCUCAGUUCAGUCUGCAGCCACCCACCCACCUCCAGCUCCUCCUCCACUGUCACUAGACUGUGAUGAACCACGUAGGAGUUUUGGCAUCAGGGUCCAGAACCUCCCUGUUCGAUCCACAGACACAAGUCUGAAAGACGGUCUUUUCCAUGAGUUUAAGAAGUAUGGGAAGGUGACCUCAGUGCAGAUCCAUGGAGCUUCAGAGGAGAGAUAUGGCUUGGUGUUCUUCAGGCAGCAAGAAGACCAGGAGAAAGCUCUCAGCGUGUCCAAGGGAAAGCUGUUUUUUGGUAUGAUGAUAGAAGUGACCGCUUGGAACGGACCUGAGACCGAAAGUGAGAAUGAGUUCCGACCGCUGGACGGACGCAUCGACGAGUUUCAUCCAAAAGCAACCAGAACCUUGUUUAUUGGAAAUUUGGAGAAAACGACUAACUACCAGCAGUUGCUUGAUGUUUUCCAGCGUUUUGGAGAGAUAGUGGAUAUCGAUAUUAAAAGGGUUAACGGAGUCCCGCAGUAUGCCUUUGUGCAGUACUCUGAUAUCGCCAGUGUGUGUAAAGCUAUUAAGAAAAUGGAUGGAGAAUACCUGGGUGCCAACAGACUCAAGCUUGGUUUUGGGAAGAGUAUGCCUACGACGUGUGUAUGGUUAGACGGUCUGUCCUCCAACAUCACAGAACAGUACAUUACACGGCACUUCUGUCGCUAUGGACACGUGGUGAAGGUUGUGUUCGACAGGUUGAAAGGGAUGGCCCUGAUUCUGUACAACAACACAGAUUUUGCGCAAACAGCCGUAAGAGAGACCAAAGGAUGGAAGCUUGGCGGUAACAAAAUGAAGGUUGAUUUUGCUAGUCAGGAGAGUCAAGUGGCAUUUUAUCGCUCUAUGCAGGCAUCAGGGCAGGAUAUGCGUGACUUCUAUGAAAUCCCUGCUGACAGAAGGGACGAACGAAGACCUUCGUAUCAUGAAUUCUCAGCAGAGAGGGCAUACUAUGAGAACGUCCGGGCACCAGGGAUCUAUCCCGAAGACCCCAGGCGAGACUAUCCUGCUCGGAGUCGUGAGCGUUACCCGGAACUAGACCAUUACCAAGGUGACCAUUAUGACCCACGCUAUCACGAAGACCCUCGUGAAUACCGAGAUUACAGAGACCCCUUCGAACAGGAUAUAAGAAAGUAUAGCUACAUCCAGCGGGAACGUGAGCGAGAACGGGAACGCUUUGAGGCUGACCGUAGCAGGUGGAGCCCGUCUCAUCCACGCAGGCCCAUAACCCCUACUGCCUCUCCUUCACCGUCUGAACGCAUCUCCAGGGAAGCGGAGCGACGCGUGUACAGGCACUCUUCUGAGAGAAGUGGGAGCUGUAGCUCCUUAUCUCCUACGCCUCAGUUUGAAAAGGCAGAGGAGUCUCCGGUGGAUUUUAAACCAGAGAGUCUGGACAGAGAAGGAGCAACUGAGGCUGACCGCUUAAGUGCGGCGGAAAAGAGCAAACGCGGAAGACGCAAAGAGAAAGCAGACAGAGAGAAAGGCGAGAAAGCAAAAUCGAGAAGGGGAAAAGUACAGUCGCCUAGCAUACCUUAUACGGAAGCAGACAGGGAGCCCAGCUUGGAUUCAAAUUCUGGAAAAACUAAAGGUUCUGAUGUUGAGGGUUCAGAGAGACAGAGGCACAAAGUGGAAGGUGAACCUUCCCCUUCUGAUCUAAUAUCUCGUUUGGAGUCGCAAAAAGAGAAACUCGACAUCGCUAAAGUUGAGUCUGCGGAUAGAGAUAACAAAGGCCGAUCAAAGAAACACCUCAAAUCAGAACUUGGAACCGAAGGGAAAGAUUCCCUUUUGGAUUCUGACAGGCUCGCGGCACGAAAAAGGCGCUUUGGAGAUCCUGGGAGCAAAGCCAGUAAACAAAAGAGAGGUCGCCUUGAGGAUGAACAGAACGCGGUGGUCAAUCAACCUGCAGAUUCGGGGGCGUCUAAUUUAAAGGAAGGAGAAAGCGACGUGAAAACAGAAAAAGAUGCACAUAAAAGAGAGCAUUCUAAAUCCAAAUCGGAGAGGAUGACGUCUCAUUUUAGGGACGAGUUAGAUCACCGAUCUGAUUCCCAAAACUCAUCUGGACGACAAGAAGAGCAUUCCGAUACGAACAUGGAGACUUCUGACUCGAAAUCUCAGUCUGGACCAAGCGUUCCAAGGCGAUUUUCAAACGAUGGAACACCAGAGAAAGACACCAAAGGAAGGGAAGAGUAUUUGGAUAUAGAUCUUUCUCAGAGUUAUCGAAAGCAAAUGGAACAGAACCGAAGACUUCGCCAACAGCUUCAAGAGUCUGAUAAACCGGGAAAAACUGAUGCUCCUCAGUGUGUUGACGCAGAAGAUUUAGAACACCGUAGCUUGGUGCAUGAGGUCGGCAAGCCACCGCAGGAUGUCACUGAUAACUCUCCUCCAAGCAAGAGCAAGAAACAGGAUCACUUGGACGUGGAAGUUGGCACCAAAAGAGAACGGGUGUAUCGGAUAUUCCGGCCAAAGAGCGACGAGUCGGAGUGGAGUGCAAACUCUCCCCAUUUCAAUGCCUCUCAACAUGGCGAGGAAGAAUAUACAGAUGUUUCCCAACUAGUUAAUGCGAAAGAAGUAAAAGAACAACCUAAACAGGAAGACAGUUCUCACCAGGACAUGGAGCUAACGGUUAAACGUGUCCACACUUCACAGGUCCCUAAGCUAAGCACAUCUCUUCAUGAUGAGCAGAAACGUUGGGAAAGUCGCCUGAAGCAGGACUUGUUGCCUGACUUUUCAAGGAGCUCAGAAAAAAGACGCCUCACUCAUUCCUAUUUGGAAUAUAGACUCUGGCCCGAUUUAGAGCCUGGUGAGGUGCGCUCUGAUUCUGAAGAAGAUCGAGAACACAAACCAAACUCUCCCAUGCCCUCAACCUCAAUCUCUUUCCCUGAAAGGCAUCGCGGAGACAGGUUAUCGGAAUCCAAACUGACCGGCUCGCUGGAGAGGAACAAGUUUUGUUCAUUUGCACUUGACCAGACCAUUACACCAGACACUAAAGCGCUGCUGGAACGCGCAAAAUCUUUAUCCUCCUCAAGGGAAGACAACUGGUCUUUUCUGGACAGCGAUUCUCAUUUUGCCAGUUUCAGAAGCAGAAAAGAUACAGAAAAGGUAGAGUCAACUCCGCGACCAACUCCUUCCUGGUACAUGAAGAAGAAGAAAAUACGAAGCGAGUCUGAGGAUAAACUAGAUGACCGUAAAGAAGAUCCUAAACCAGAAGAACAAGAACGGCGCGAGCUCUUUGCCUCUCGCUUUUUUCACAGUUCAAUCUUUGAGCAAGACUCGAGGCGUCUCCAGCACCUUGAAAGAAAGCAUGAAGACCCUGAACAUGGUAUGUGCUAUCCAGGUAACCAGCAAGGCCAAAUUGAGGGUCAACCUGAUUCUGAGCCAGUGGUCCUCUUCCAUGACCGCUUUUUGGAGUUGACAAGACUGCAGCAACAGAAGGGGGGGAAGGAGCAGUCUCAACCAGAGUCCAAGAAAGAGGAAGGUGUUGAUGUCAGUGAUAAAACCCAAGAGGAAGUGCAUCGUGGUGCUAUUGAACCUGUUGAAAUUAAGCCAGCUGAGAUUAAACCAGUCAGCCCUGUACAAGCCCCUCAGUCAAGCCCUGUGCUAAUCCUGCCACCCUUUCCUGUUCAAGAAACCCAGAAAUCACCACCUAGUGUAACAAUUAAGGAGACGUCACCACAGCCUGAAGUUUGUAAUGUCGACGCACCUUCUCCUAAACUUUCAGUGAAAGAGGAGGAAAACCAAUCCGAACAGCCAAUGAGCUCAGUGACCUUUCCACUGCAACAAGAACCUUCUGACUUAAAUCGAUCAGAAUCCCAAGACUCAAAGCUUUUAAUGAAUGAAAUCAAAACAAGUCCUACUGAAGAGCUGGAACUGACUAGUGACAGGGAUGAUGAGCGGCGCUCUAGUAGCGAGAAACCGACUAAUGACACUCAAGUAAGCUAUGAACCCAAAUCUGAACCACAUACUAAGAUCCCUGAAUUACAGAAUUCUCCCUCUCCUAUGAUUAUAGACGAGGGUGAAGUAAGAGUAGAGAAACCAGAGCCUGUAGCCGUAGAAGUUGAACCUCCAGCCAAAGAAACUGAGUCAAAAGGUGCAGAGAGCUAUACAGUAGAUGAACCGAUCUCUCCACCUCCAAGGUCCAGAAACAAGAAGGGCAAAGCCUCACCUACAACACCAGUAGCCCCUAUGACCCCAUCAAACAUACCAGACAAACAAAGUACUCGCAAAAGUGAACGCAUCGAUAGAGAAAAACUUAAACGUUCCUCUUCUCCAAGAGUGGACUCCUCAAAAGCAAAUUUCGAUGGCAAGUCGACCGGCAAGUCGCCCAUCCAUAGUCCUGACGCCGAACAAAGUGUUGAACAGAACACCCCCCCUGUGAGAGCAAGACGUCGAAAUGUGCGUUCUGUUUAUGCCACCCCAGUAGAUGAUGAAUCUACACAACAAACUGGCAAGGAUGUGGACUCACCACGAGGCGGACGCAAGCGUGGUGUAGACAAAGAUGCAAGCCAACAGCAAUCAGAACCAGACAGUCGUCGGCGCGGGCGUCCUCCGAAGAAUCGGCGUCAAGGAGAGGAUUUAUCAGCCGGAAAGAGUGAACGCUCAAAAUUACCUGAGGCCAAGGAGUUUGAAAUUGGUGAAACCGCAAACAGUGAAACGGUCAAAGUAGGCAAAGGUAAACAUUCUCCUUACAUAAACAAAGCUGCGAAUCAAGGUACCGGGUCUGGUUUAGCGAAAAAAGGAGAAAAAACUGAUAGGCUGUCUGGUGCUAUAAAUCCUGCUGAGAUGGACGUGGAUUCUCAGGAUGGCAGUGGCCAACAUGAUGGCGGUCCUUCAGCAAACGAGAAAAAUGAGGAGCAUAAACCACAAAGCAUUUUAGAAAUGAAACAUGAGAGGAUCUCUCAAACAGAGAGCACUACUGGAAGCCAAAAUAAACUUGGGGAGUCUGUUCAGGAGCAGUCGUCUCUGGACAAAAGCAUGAAAGCAAAAACUGCUCGGAUAACCUGUAGUUCAAAGCUGAUGACUGAGGAUAAAUCUCUCGUUCUCAAAAACCUCACAAUCAGGCUUGACAUGACUGAGGUAAAGGCGAUGCUGCAAACCGGCGAGGAUGAAUCUGGGCAUGACGACUGUCCGAAAAAGGUUGUGCCAGGUACAUCGCCCAAAGAGCCAAUCCCAGAGUCUAGAUUGGAGAAUGAGAUUUUAGGGGAAGAUGGAAAUAUUAAGGAGUCUGCAACACCACCACUCCAGGUCAAGGAUCCCCAUGAAGCAUUGUUAUCCCACCAGAUGGAACUAGAACAAGCUGUGGAGAACAUUGCCAAGCUCACAGAAGAACCCGUUCCUCUUCAGUUCAAAAACUCAACCGAGUCUCAAGCCCCGUUAUCUGAACUUGUAGAGGGGCGUGAGGAAGACAAGCCUGCCAAUCCUGCUAGUGAAACGGAACUUGCUGCCGCCAUCGAUUCCAUUACAUCUGAAGACCUGUCAUGCGGCUUGCCACAAGACCAAGUCAUGAGCACUGUGGUAGACCCAGACUCGGAUAUUCAAACUCUAGUCCCAGAUGCCAAAGUUGUUGAAGGCAGCAAUUCGGCCACUGUCCAAGAGGACACUUCAAACAUGGGGACACCAAGAAAAGCAGGUAAAGGAAGACCAAAAGCCCAGAAAAGAGCCAAAGGCCAAAAGGCUGCUGUCAACAAAAAGGAAGCUAUCAAAGAAAUGGUAGUGGAACCUGAGGGUCUUUCAAUUAAGACUUCAGAAACCAUGUCUGCAGCGGCAUCUGCAGCUGCAGAGAUUCCCCCCGCAGCUGCUGCUCCUGUUAUUGCCCCCGUAUCAAAGCAAGAUAGCAGUGUAACUGCCAUCAUCCCUGAAGUUCCUAAAGUGAUUGAGAGUGCUCUUAAAGAGCAGCCCGACUUGCCAAAAUCAUCUAAUCCAGCAGCAAGCAAAAGCCCAACAUCACUCAGGCCUAAUCCUUAUGAGUGUACGUCUCCCUCGAUUUCUCCAAGUAUUUGUCUCAAACCUUCACAUCCAAGUAGACUUUCGGUUUCUCCAACAGACCGAUUAAAUCAGGCUAAAGAGACGGCAGUAGUUUCCCCUUCGGCCACUCCCGCAACCGCGUUAGAGAACCCAACCUUGCUGUCCGAUUCCUUUGCUCAUGAUAAGAACACAAGCGACCUGCGCAAAAUUCUCGCAAAACCGAGGGGUAUUCCGAUUUCAGAGGUCAGUGCUUCAUCUGCAAGCAUACAUUCGAGGGAGAGCGACGUCAAUAGUGCGCUACAUGAAACCAGGCAAUCUUCUAUUCCAGCUCAGUUAGUAGUUCGGCAGCCAACUUCGUUACCGUCUUCGGAGACUAAGCAAGUCUUUAAUGAGAAGUCUGUGAUUUCUGUGAUUGCCUCCACUGCUACUUCGGUCAUCAGUCGAGUUUGCAACCCCCCUGAAUCUGAAGAGAAACCCAGUCUUUCGAUGACUAACCCGUUUGUGGAUAAUCAGCCCCCAAAACAGAUGUACCAGACCAGCAUGGGGGAAGGUAGCCCUUACCACGGGCCACCUGUCGGAGAGGAGGGUGGAAAUGCAGGUCGCUUUAUAGUGGAGAGCACAUCCCUGAGUACAGGCCCCACUGCUGGUCUCAGGGUCAACACCUCUGAGGGUGUUGUGGUGCUGAGUCAUUCUGGACAGAAGAUUGAGGGACGUCAACGGAUUAGUGCCAAAAUCAGUCAGAUUCCACCACCUAGUGCAGUGGACAUUGAAUCUCAGCAGCUGGUAACGAUGCCACAGAUCAAACAGGAACAUUAUAUUGGAUCCCAAAGAGAUGUGCCGAAGGGUCCUGUACCUCCGACGGAUCACGGUCAUUCCCUCAAGUCACAGACGAAUGUUUCUAUUAAGCACGAAUCCGGACAAGACAAAUUAGCCGUACCCUCCGGGCAAAGCGGGGUGGUAAAAAGAUUACAGCAGACACCUGGUCCGUCCCAAGUAAUGAGUUUCCAUCACUCGGAAUACGCAAUGCUGAUGAAGCAUUCAAAGAAAGCAGAAGGAAGCGAACCUAUUAAUGUGGAAAAUGUGAAAUCUCCCUGGGUCUCUACUAUAAGUCCUGCUAUAAGCCCUCACCUUCCCUCUACAGGUGGCAAUCAUGUCACGUUCAUACCAGGCACGCCUACAGAUCGAGCCCCUUCACACAUUCAAAGCAAACAGGAACCCCACUCACCACGGAAAUCUGGACACCCCCACACUUCCUUUUCCAAAGUGUCUUCUCCCAUUGGCUCGUCGUCUCCUAAAGGCGUGUCCAUGGUCUUGCCAACUGGUUUACCUGCGAUGUCUCAGUAUGUCCCCAGUGUGCAUCACUCGGAACAGUCCGUCAUCAUGCCUCCUCAUAGCACGCAUGGCAGUCUGGGAAGAAUGUCACCUCACUGUGUGGGCCAGGCCAUUUCCAUGGGUCAUCUAUCUCAGGGUGAUGUUAGAGUCAACACACCUCCACUAGCGGUCAUGAACUAUGGAAUUCACAAUGAUGGCAUUGCUUCGUCUUGGCCGCCCGGUCAGCAGCGCCCCACGUCUCCUCAGGCUGUGGGGAACAGAGAGAUGGUUCUCAAAGUCAACCCAGCCAGUGCAAGAGGUCAUGAAGCAAGUGAGGAGGAGGCGGCAAGGCGCUUUCAUCAAGCUCUCGCAAGACCACCGGCGACUCAACUCAAACCAGAGUCUUUACCAGCAGAGUACCGUGGCUCUCUUCACAGCGGACUGCCAUUGGAGAGGUUUAACAUGCAAACAAGAGACAUGCGGAUGCUUAUAUACCACCCACAGGUGGAGCGUCCUGCUGCUGAGCUGCAUCAGGGGCAUAUAGCGGAAGCCGUCCCUCCCACCUCGACCCAGACCAACAUUACGCCGUCGCUUUCACCUCGGGCACAUCUUUUACAGAAAAGUGUUUCUGACAAAGACUCCCUGAAGCAGUCCGAAAUCAAGAGGGCCACACCCCCCCCUGGGAAAGAUGGAAUGCUGGGAAUACGUGGUCCCUUGUCCGCCAUGCCUUCUCCUAAGCGAGUGCCGCUGAUCACCUCUGGAACCGUGCCAACGUUUUCAGAGUAUUCAACUAUGUACACCAACCUGCGGACGGUUCACUCACAGUUUCCUGAAAAUUCACCUCUGGCAAUCAGCCAACCUCCUCGCAACAUCACGCCAUCACAGGGUGCUCAAGAAUCCGAGCACAACCAAGCUCAGACCGAGAGUCAAGUGGAGCAUGUUGGACACCAGCAAAUCAACAUGGUACAGCUUCUCACGCGGUAUCCUAUCGUGUGGCAAGGCCUGCUGGCGUUGAAAAAUGAAACUGCUGCUGUCCAGUUGCAUUUUGUGUGCGGAAACAAGUCUCUCGGCCUGCGCUCACUUCCCGUGCCGGAGACUGGACCUCCUCUGCGUAUCGUCCAGAGAAUGAGAUUAGAAACGCAACAGCUUGAAGGAGUCGCUCGCAGAAUGACCGGUGAGAGUGAAUUCUGCCUCCUGCUCGCCAUGCCCUGCGGUCUAAAUCAGGAAGACGUCGUGACUCAGACACAAGUGCUUAAAUCGGCCUUUAUUAAUUACCUGAAGGCCAAACUGGCAGCAGGAAUCAUCAAUGUCCCCAAUCCUGGCUCCAAUCAGCCCGCCUACGUGCUGCAGAUCUUCCCUCCGUGCGAGUUCUCGGAGUCUCACCUUUCACGCCUUGCUCCCGACCUCAUCAACCAGAUCUCCAGCAUUUCACCUCACCUCAUGAUCGUCAUCACGUCUGUGUGAUCCUGCGACUCGUACCGACCUCGAUGUCACGGACACGUUCUCCUUCAGAUGGAGCUCAGGAGAAAGCGGUGGUGUUGGGGGGAAUCCUCUUUUACAUAUCAGUGUGUUCAGCACCACUCCACAUCAUUAUCACCCAUGUCACAUUUCUCUGCUGUAUUUCUAUUUAUUUGGUGAAUUUUUUUUUUUUUUUUUUUUUGGGAAAUCAGGAUGUUUUUUAUUUUAUUUUUUUCCCUGAAGAGUGAGGGGGGGAAACGACAAGUAACAAAAAUUUUACUUCUUUUUUUUUUUAAGCUGAAGAAUGCAGAGCGAUGUAACAGACUAAUGUGUUUUUUUAAACAAUCCUGCACAGCGUUUAUGGAUCAGGAGAAAUAACCCGGGAAUGUACAUUUCAGAGGAUCGACUCAGCAGCCUUCUUUCUCUCACUUUUUUUUGGUCACUCACUUUGCUAAUCCAUGUUAGCGUAGCCUCGAACGCCGGCUCUCGGAGUCUUGAUUGUGGGACUGUAAAUAUUUUAAAUAUUUAAAAAAAAAAAGAAAACUCGGCGGAUAAACGGCUAAAACCCAUAGGAGAGCUGCCCCUUUUUAUUUUUCAACGUUGGAAGCGACUCCAAGAAUCCUGAGGAGGAGGAGACGAGCGGAUAAAGAACAUGGACGUAAUAAUGUUUGUGAUGUAAAUAUUUAAGACUUGUGGGCUGGCAGCUCUCAAGGGUUUGUUUUGCGGGCACUUCGAUUUUUUUUUCUUACUGAAAUAAAAAACCCCAAAAAAACAGAAAAACUUGAAUAUAACAGUCAUACUCUCUUUCUCUCUCUCUCUCUCUCUCUCUCUCUCUCUCUCUCUCUCUCUCUCUGUUUGUGUUCAUUGAUCUUGAGAUCAUGAGAAUCAUUUUGUGUAAAAAAUAAAUGUCCCUAAACAAAUUGGAACAUGGUCAGAAAACCCUUUUUUAGCUUUAUAUAUUUUUCAAACACAUUAAAAUCUGAAUUCACUCGUAA